GUAGUGUACCGUGUCGUAUCGUAUGUAUUACCAAAGUGCGGUGCUUCCGGAAGUGUAUACUGUACGUACGGUAAUAUCGCACAGACCAUCAUCGCAGGUGCGCGGCGGGGUUCGAUAUUUCGUACGCGCAGUUCCCCGACGCGACCCACAAUUUCUUCCCGUCCUCGCUCCACUCCAGCGCGCUCGCGCCCUCGGCGAGCCUCAACACCCCCCUCCUCAGCCCCUUCGCGGGCGCCGAGGCGCACUCGGCACCCGAGUCGGCACCCUCGGCACCCAACGUCGGCACCUCGAUGAACUCCACGCCGUCCUCGCCGCCCACCGCGACGACGUCGAACCCGUGCGCGGCGGCGACGCCGAGGCACGUCGGCCCGCGCGCGUCUUUCGACGCCAUCGCGUCCACGACCCGCGUCACCGCGUUCCUCGCCGCGUCGAACGCGACAAUCUUCCCCGCGGUCGCGGGCGCGCAGAAGUACGCCACGCCCGUGGACGCGGCGGACCACGCGCAGAGGGCGUCGCCCGGUUUUGGUUUUUUCGCGAGCGUCGCGCCGCGCGCGGUGCCCGCCGCGAGCGGCUCGAAGCGCUCAAAGGUGGGUAAAUACGACGCCCUGCGCCUCGCGACGUGCUCCACGACGUCCACAGCGUAGACGCACAGCCCGCGCUCGUCGCUCGCGGUCGCGAUCAGCGCCGGGUUCGUGUCUCUCUCGACCGCCGCGCACGUCACGCGUUCGUUCUCGGAGAGAGGUUCGCG